AUGGUUAAUCCUAGCCGUAAAGAUUGGUCAACUCGAUUGAUCGAUGCUUUGUGGGCUUACCGUACUGCGUACAAGACUAUUUUGGGGAUGUCACCAUAUCGGCUGGUCUACGAGAAAGCGUGCCACUUGCCGGUAGAGCUUGAGCAUAAAGCAUAUUGGGCCAUUAAGAAGCUGAAUUUCAAUAUGGUCAAAGCCGAUGCCUGCCGCAAGCUCCAAUUGACGGAACUCGAGGAGUUGAGGUACAAUGCUUACGACCAUUCUAGCGGUUACAAAUCUAAACUCAAAGCCAGGCAUGAUAAUAAAAUUGUGAUUAAAAACUUUGAGCCCGGUCAAAAAGUGUUAUUGUAUAAUUCUCGGUUGCAUUUGCAUCCCGGUAAGCUGCGCUCACGUUGGGCCGGACCUUAUGUUGUCAAAACUGUUUUCCCUCACGGGGCGAUAGAAGUAGAAAGCAUGAGUAACGGUUCCUCUUUCAAAGUUAAUGGUCAAUGGCUUAAGCCUUUCCUUGGCGGCGUUGAAGCUGGCGAGCCCGAUGAGGUUUUGGCCGAUCCCGUUUACACGGAUGGCCCAUCGGUUUAG